GUGUUUUCUAGAUAAGGCCAAAGAAACUAUGAGAGUUGAUGGCGAUCCAUUCCCUAGCAUGUCUGUUGGGGUAAAUGCAGUAGAUCUCAAGAGUAUUGCUAGAGACAGAACUCAGCCAUAUUCUAGGUGCAGACUUGUAGCUGAUGAUAUGAGAUGGAUCAUUAAGGAAAUAAAGGCUUGUAGAAAGCAGAUCAAAUCAGGCUCAUCCCGAAGGAGAAAGCAUAGGGGGCACAACAUAACUCAGCAGAAAAAUAAUACAGACCAGGGAACUGUGAUAUCUGGACAUGCAGAAAAGCCUAGAAUGGUGAAACCACCACCCAGAUCUUUAAGCAAACGGUGGGAAUGUGUGGUUCAUCCAAAAUUUCCUAAGGUUAGUAGAGAGACGUCGACUACAGAUUGUAGACUUGGGGGGCAUGGCAAAUCAGACUCAGUUGCUCCUAACAAGAAGAAAAUCAUUGUGGAAAAACGGAUUUGUGUAGACAUAUCUGAGGUAGUUUAUGAAGGUGAAGAGGAGGACUCAAAGGACCAGAUAACUCUAGAGGAAUUAGAUCUGACACCUAAAAAACUCAAUGAUCUAAAGGCAGAAGUACAAGAUCCCUUAGGUCUGGAAAGAAAUUUGGUAGAGCAUAGAUUACCAAUUAAAGAAGGCUUUAAACCUUUCAAGCAGCCACCCAGACGAAUGUCUCCAGAAGUUACUUUGAAAGUCAAAGAGGAGAUAGAGCAACUGUUAAAGAAUGGCAAAUUGAGAAUCCGUGUGGACUUUAGAAAUUUGAAUCUAGCAACACCAAAAGAUGAAUAUCCUACGCCUAUUGCAGAUUUGCUGGUGGAUGGUGCAGCACGCCAUCGAGUUUUGUCAUUCAUGGAUGGCCAUUGUGGGUACAACCAGAUUUUUAUAGUAAAGGAGGACAUUCCAAAGACCGCUUUUUGUUGCCCAGGAGCUAUUGGUACUUAUGAAUGGGUGGUAAUGCCAUUUGGUUUAAAAAAUGCGAGUGCAACUUACCAAAGAGCCAUGAACGCCAUCUUUCAUGACAUGAUUGGUUGUUUCAUGGAGAUUUAUAGUGAUGAUGUGGUGGUGAAGUCCAAUGAAGAUGAAGAACAUCUGAUGCAUUUAAAGUUGGCCUUUGAAAGAAUGAGGAAGCAUGGUCUGAAGAUGAAUCCUUUAAAAUGUGCAUUUGGUGUUUUUGUUGGAAAUUUUCUAGGAUAUUUGGAGCAUGAACGAGGUCUGGAAGUGGAUCAAAACAAGGCAAGAAUUGUUAUUGAAGCAUAGCCGCCAAGAAGUAAGAAAGAAUUACAAAGAUUCCUUGGGCAAUUAAAUUUCUUGAGACGUUUUAUUUCAAAUCUGGCAAGAAAGACAAGAGGUUUUUUGUCACUGCUAAAGCUUAAAUAUGAAGCAUAUUUUAAAUGGGAAAAGCACCACCAAACUGCCUUUGAGGAAAUAAAGCAUUAUUUAUUAA